AUGCAGAGGAAGAUUGCAGAGGAGCUACAGCUUGACCUUGAAACCAUGGCAAUGUUUGACAAGCAGGAUGAGGAGGAUGAUUUCAAUGGUCUGGACCAUGGCUCUAGAGAUGUGAUACUAAGUGUUUCGCAAGUGAUUCUUCGUACCCUGAUAUAUGCAAAGUUUAUGGUGAUUUUCCUCAAUGGAAGUGAUGACGAGAUUGAUAUGAAUAGAUUUGGUAUAAAUCCUGAUUUAUUAGACCUCGUAAUGGUAUGGACAUUCAAAAAACGAUCUUUGACCAUACAUGACACUUAUCGCAAUAGACAGAUAUCCGACAAGCUAAGAUACACCCACAUCUUUAUUCAUACAUAUGUGUCAAAUUCAUUAUUAGACUCAUCAAGCUUUGUUGCACUGCUGCGUGAAGAUGCCGCUGAUAGAGUUGCUCUCCACCCAUGCAUGCAGGGCAUCGACCUAACAGUGGUAACAGAGUGUUGUCUGUACGAGUUAUUUUUGCAACACAGUUUUCAUAGAGCCACUGGAUUUGAUUGGGUAGCUCAAGCUCCCAACUACUGGAUAUGCGAUGGUAUCAUUAAAGGGGAUGGAACAAGGGGCAUUAGUGAUACAUUGCAUCAGGAAAUACUUUGGAAGAUCGAUUCUUCACAGGUUGGCCAAGUGUUUGGAAAAUUGAUUCCGGAGGUUCCAUUUCUUAUAGCCAAAGACGACACUCCCUUGUUAAUAAAGAGGUCUUAUCGUUGGAUUUCUGUCACCUCAGAGAAUCUGAUGGGUUUCUUAAACAUUGCAACAAUCUUGGAGUGCUAA